CGGUGCAAGUGUUUUCUAGCAGCUCCCCUCAAGUCUCAUCUGAUUUUUACGCUCCUCGUCCUUUGCAUUUACCUUCGUUUUUUAAAUUAUAAGUUCUUCAAUUUCGGUUUGUUCAUUUCUGCCUAUCUCCUUCGUACGGAGUACGAUUCUACACGUCAUCAAACCAAUCGGAUCGCCUUCAGCUCGUCAUUUGUUUUUAUUCAAAAGGAUCGCCAUUUGCUAGCAAAAACAAUCUACCGCAUCUCUCACGUUGCUGCGUGCGUUGGGCAGCGGAUUCCAAAAAAAGGGACGUCGAACGGAGCCUUCACUACCUUCUAGAUACUCGGGAAUAAUGAAAAGUCGGGGGUCGACAACCAUGCCAGCUCUGAUGGCUCUGCUCUUCGCCGUCCUUCAGGUGAGCGUGGGCCAGAAUGCGCUCGGUCAGGAGCCGUGGCAACAGGAACGGCCUCAAAAUCUGCCGCAAAUUCAGAAUUUGGAGGUGAUGUGCGCCAAGGAUCACAUGGAAGUCCAGCUGUCUUUCGACAAGCCCUUCACCGGUUUGGUCUUCUCCAAGGGCCAGUUCGGCCAGGACAACUGCAUCUACGUCCAGCCGAAAUCCGGCCGCAACAAUUUCCGCUUCUCCAUCAUCUACAACGGCUGCGGAACCAAGCCGGACGCCAAGGGCAAAUUCUACGAGAACACGGUCGUCGUCCAGUACGACGAGGAGCUGAUCGAAGUCUGGGACGAGGCUAAACGUCUCCGCUGCGAGUGGUACAACGACUACGAAAAGACGGCCACCAAACCGCCUAUGGUCAUCGCCGAUCUCGAAGUGGUUGAACUCAACUUCAGAGGUGAUAACGUCGACUGUUGGAUGGAGAUUCAAAACGGGAAAGGACCUUGGGCCAGCCCAAUCAGUGGCAUCGUCCCGCUCGGUUCCACUCUGACAAUGGUCGUGGCCAUCAACGAUCUAGCGGGUGAGUUCGACAUGCGCGUCAAGUCAUGCGAAGCCUCCGACGGAGUCAACAGGCCCAUCCAGCUGUCGGACGAGCACGGAUGCGUUCUCCGGCCGAAAAUGGUCUCGAAAUUCUUAAAGUUGCGCAGCAACGACGGCCGCUCGACCGUGAUGAGCUACGCCUUCUUCCACGCUUUCAAGUUCCCCGACUCGCUCCAAGUUUACAUCCGAUGCAAAGUGGAGAUCUGCCGUCACGGAUGCCCCGAACACUGCGACAAGACACUCAGCCGCGUGGUCGAUCAGCAAUUGGCCUACACCAGCGAGACGAAGGCGUCGUACAGUCCGGCCGGAACAGCUCCCAUUGCAGCAUUCUCUCCUAUUCCGGCGCAGCAGAAAUCGGCGUACGAACUGCCUCCUCAACCUGUGCCCGUCCGCAAUUCGUUGCCGCCCGUGCUGCCACCUCAAGGGCAACAGUAUUUAGCUCAAAGACGGACGCCUCUUCCGGCCGCUCCGGUUAAAGAACCAGAGGUGGAACAGCCCAGCAGCAAACGUCCGUUCUUUGGCCUGCUCGGACGCAACAAGCAGAGCAGUCCGGAGCGUUCGUCUCGUCCUGGACUCUUCCAGAAGAAGAAGGACAACUUCAGUCCAGUCGCCGCCGCUCAGGUGGCCCCUCCACCUCAAGCGCAGGCUCAGGUUGUCGACGUUCCCAUUCCAAUCCCGGGCAGCCGGACACAGGACGAAGGGCUGAUGGUCUCUCUCCCGUCUUCCAUUCCUAUCGAUCGUCCCGAGGCUAAAGAAAACAAAAAAACAGAGGACAAUAAAUAUUCAGAACGCGGACCGGGCAAAUUCCCGCACGGACCUCGCAGUCUCAAUUUCGAUAAGCUCGAUAUCGCUCACAUCCAUGACCUGAGCCAAUACGAAGUCCGCGACAGGAAGGAAGGUCUCAAGAGCCGGCCGAAGCGUUCAUACGCCAUUCACGAACGUCACGUGCGUAGUGCGGAUGUCGGCGUUAAAGUCGGCUACGAAGUGAUCUCCGCCGUCGAUUUGGCCUUCUCUCUGAACAGCAACGCCACUGGAGAGAACGACGUUCCAGGCGUCACCAUCUUCCAGGGCAAGAUCCGCGAAGAAGUCGUCUACGGCAUUUGCUUGCCGGCUCCAGGCUUCUCUGCCUUGUUCGUCCUGCUGGCCAUGUGCGUCGUCAUCUCUGUUUUGGUCGCCUCUUUCCUCUGCUACCACAGGCAGUUGCAAAAAGCCGAUCACGACGGCCCGUCUCAUCCGCACAUGAGCGUCGUCGGAAGCGUCGUCGCACCUUCCAUGCCGUUCCGUGACUGGAGCACGGUCCACUUUAUCCGGAAUCCCAGUAAAUCUGUUUUAGAGACCCAAUCUUAAAGUGAGAAACGAAAC